CUCAUCCCGGAAAAGACGACAGACAGUAUGGCUGCCAGCGGUUCAGAGGAAGGAGGUUGGAAACAAACAAUUUUACUUCGUCUCCGAGACAGAAACAGGGUACAGACGCACUUCUUCGCGGAUGUCAUACACGCCCACAAUAAGUUGUUUGAGAAUGCAGACACCCUGAAGUCUCAAAAUGUCCAGCUGCAGCUGCAAACAGAAAGACUGAAACAAGACAAACUAGACCUGGAGGUCAAAGUCUUAGAUGCAAGUGCAAAUGCAGGAACUGGUAGUAAAGGAGAGAAAACCCAGGCCCUGGAACAGAAGCUUUUUAAACUACAGGAAGAACUCACUGAACUGCACAGAAGAAAAGGAGAGAAUGCGCAACAGAUCAUCGACCUGAACAGUGCUCUACAGGAGAAAGAGAAGGUCCUGGCUGAGAAGGAGAACAAGCUGUUAGACACUGAAACUCACCUGGAGGCUCUGAAAGCCGAGUGUCGAAACCUGGAGCAGGCUAUUCUGGAGAAGGAUGCACUGCACCAGGCAUUACGAGAUGAGCACCAGGCCUUACAGAUGACCUUCAGUGCCCUUGAGGACAAGUUGCGGAAGACGCAGGCAGAGAACCAGGAACUGGUCGAGAGAUGGCUGCAGCAGAAGUCUAGAGACGCCGACAAAAUGAACUUUGAAAACGACCAAAUGGCCAGAAAAAGACAAGCCAAACUCCAGAGAGAAUUAGCAGAGGCUGCCAAGGAACCCAGCCCUCCAGUAACUGACAAGUCUCCAGAGAAUGGUCAACCAGACCAAACAGCACCCUCUGGUUCACCAAUAACUAGAAUGUUUAACUCCUCCACAUCGGAGGUCCCUGCUAACCCUGGACAUGUUGGCUUUAUUGAAUCCAUUGCAGGAUUACUGGCUGGUAAAAAAAGGUCGUCUUCACAUGAUGACGGAUUCGAACCCCAGACCUCUGCUGCAGGUGCCCCGCCCCGGCACUACGUCACAGUCACACUUCCUUCAACAGCCAUUAGCAAGUCGGACGGCCAUGAUGGAGAGGUGAAUGCCAUCCGGUUCAGCCCUUCAGGGAGAAUAGUGGCCACAGGAGGGACGGACAGAAAACUCAAACUGUGGGAAAUCAUGAACCGUAAACUUGACUCCAAGGCUGUCUUAACAGGAAGCAAUGCUGGCAUCAUGUCAGUGGAGUUUGACCCACAGGAAAACUACAUACUGGGAGCUUCUAAUGACUUUGCAAGUAGAGUUUGGAGUGUAGCUGACUACAGAUUAAGACACACCCUGACAGGGCACAGUGGGAGAGUCCUAGCAGCCAAGUUCCUGGGAGACUCCAGUAGAGUGGUGUCAGGCAGCCACGACAGGACACUCAAGAUCUGGGACCUCAGGAGCAGGGCAUGUAUCCGAACCAUUUUUGCAGGUUCCAGCUGUAAUGACCUUGUGACCUCUGACCUCUCAGGCACCAACAUCAUCAGCGGCCAUUUUGACAAGAGGAUAAGAUUUUGGGACACCAGGGCAGAGUCCAGUGCCAAUGAAAUUACACUACAGGGGAAAAUCACAUCCCUGGAUCUUUCACUAGAUAAUAAAUACCUGCUGAGCUGCUCUAGAGACGACUCUCUGAAGCUGAUUGACUUGAGAAUGAGUCAGGUGACAGGGACGUUCUGUGCUGAUGGGUUCAAAGUGGGCUGUGACUGGACAAGAGCGAUAUUCAGUCCUGAUGCCCAGUAUGUUGUAGCAGGGUCGUCAGACGGUAGUAUUUACAUCUGGAACAUCACAACCUUCAGAUUAGAGAAGACGCUAAAGGAACACAAUUCUUCGGUGAUCGCGUGUUCGUGGCACCCCAGUGGCAUGAUGAUGGUCAGCUGCGACAAGAACAAAAAAGUCACGCUGUGGUCUGACAUGUGAGUCCGCAGUCACACCAGGGACAAAACAUCAGCAUCACAAGAAAGUCUAAAAUGGCUAAAUAACAAUCAGAUCAUGGUACUGUAAGUUAUGGCUCCCACCACGAGGUGUGGCCAAAAAAUUACAGGAUUAAUGUAAUAGUUAGGUGUUACCCCUUUGAAGCACAUGUUCCUACAUGCACCAUUCCUACAUGGCAAAACACUCUUUUUGAUAUCGUUAUGCUGUAAUUGGCAACUGUUAAGUCAAAAACAGUGCCUGUUG